GGGCUCCCUCUCACCUCCCUGUCUCCUCCUCCCUCUGUCCUUCCCUAGAUCGGUCGGUCCCUCCCGCCGCCGGCCGGCACUUCCCGCCGAGCGCGGCGCUGGCCGGAGCUGAGCCCGCGGCUGGUCGGGGUCGGGGUCCGGGUCCGGGUCCGGGUCCGGGUCCGGGUCGGGGUCCGGGUCCGGGGCGCGCCAUGGAGGUCCCCGAGCCCCGCGCGCGCCCCGAUCGGCCGGCGGCCGCCGAGCGCCUGGUGGAGGUGCGGCUGAGCGGCGGCGCCCCCUGGGGCUUCACCCUCAAGGGCGGCCGCGAACACGGGGAGCCGCUGGUCAUCACCAAGAUCGAAGAAGGUAGCAAGGCCUCGGCAGUGGACAAGCUUCUGGCCGGGGACGAGAUCGUGGGCAUCAAUGACGUCGGGCUCUCAGGCUUCCGGCAAGAGGCCAUUUGCCUGGUCAAGGGCUCCCAUAAGACCCUGAAGCUGGUGGUGAAGAGGAAGGAUGAGCUGAAUUGGAGACCUCACUCUUGGCACGCCACCAAGUUCUGUGACAGCCACCAAGAGCCUCCAGCGGUGCCCUUCCCCGCCAGUGCCAGCCCCUCAUGGUACAGCCAGCACUAUGCCAGCUCGUCCUCCCAGGACCUGUUGGGCCCCUGGGAGCCGCCCGGUCUGCAGUGUGCCUCUGACCACUUCAGCUCUCUGGGCAGCGUAGACAGCCUGGAUCAGCUGUGCCCUCCUGGCCCGGCCCCGGGGCGCCUGUCGGCGGCCAAGUCCAGCGGCAGCAUCGACCGGCUGGGCGUCCCGGGCAAGCGCGACUCUGCCUACGGCUCCUUCUCUGCCAGCUCGGGCACGCCGGACCUCAGCCUGCCCGGGGCCGACGCCUCGUCCACCGACAGCCUCCUCUGCAGGCUGGGCCUGUGGGACGGCGGCAGGCCCAGCCCCGAGGAGCGGCGGCUGGGCGGUGGGCACCCCCGGCCCCCCGCGGACGCCAGCCCCGAGCCACAGCUGCCCGCCCCGGCCCGCGCCAGCCUGGGGCCCGUGUGGCACGUGCCGGAUAGGAAGCGAGCCCCCGCGUCGCCCCCGCCGCCCCCGCCGCCCCAGCGUAGUGACAGCUUCGCAGCCACUCGGCCCCGCGACAGGGAGCGCAGCACCCCGCCCUGUGAGCCCCUGAACACAGAAACGGGUCCAGUCCAGCACAGGGCUCCCCGGAGGCCAGAGGCACCCGAGUCCCCACGCUGGCCGUCCUCCGUGCCCGGGGCCUCGCUGCCCGGUUUGAACGCGCAGCACCAGCGCCAACCUGGUGACCAGGGCCCCUGGGAGACCGCUGCCCGGGCCACCCCCUGCGGCGACCUCCCCCGGGAAGGCAGCCCCCCCUGGAUCAGGGGGCAGGGUGCCGCAGAGCAGAGGCCGGACGCCGGACUGCAGGGCGAUGCCCACUGUGCGUCCCGGAGGCCUUGCCCACAGGGGCCCCCGAGCCCUGCCGGGUGCCCCGUCUCCUCACAGCGCCAGGACCCCCCUGAGCGGCCUCCAGGGGCCCCCCCGGGAGCCGAGGGCCUCGGGGGAGAGGGCGACCGGGCCCUGGACGCACAGGGUGCCUGCAUCUGCCCACAGAGGACACCCCUGCUGCACCUGUUGGCUCAGGAGGGUCGGGGGCGGCUGGACCAGGGCCCCCCGAGAGGCGCAGACAGGCCCCCGGGGCUGCAGGACAAGCCGGGGAGACGCAGCGACCGCUUUGCGACCACCUUACGCCAGGAGGUGCAGCAGCGGCGGGCCCGGCUGCAGAAAAGCAGGAGCAGCGCCUCCCUGGCCUCGGACCCCGAGCCCGACACCACCCCUUGGGCCGUCCCGCCGCCCCAGGCUGCCUCCCCGGGCGCCAGCUACAAGGACCACCUGCAGGAGGCCCAGGCGCGAGUCCUCAGGGCCACCUCCUUCCGCCGCCGGGACCUGGACCCGGGCGCCCCAGGCGCCGUGCCCCGCCGCAGGGAGGUCGUCCUGGCCGGGGCCCCCGCGCCGCUCGUGCCCCGUGUGAGAGGCCGCAGACGCUUCACCGCUGAGCAGAAGCUACGGUCCUACUCGGAGCCCGAGAAGAUGCACGAGGUGGGGCUCCCGGGGCCCGCGCACCCCCAGACCCACCCGCAACACGACGCCCCGGAGGAGGACGGCCUGGGCACGUUUGCCGACAGGUGGAAGUUCUUCGAGGAGACCAGCAGGGCCGCCCCCCGACGGCCGAGGCCGCCGCGGCAGGCGCCCAGGGGGUUGGUGGACAAACCGCGGCAGGCCGGACCCGACGGGACGGACCCCUGGGCCCACGGCCAAGCCCGAUCCACCUGCUUCGCCGAGGACGGGCCCGGCGGCCGCGGCCACGGCCAGCACUGCAGACUGGGCACUUUCGCUGAGUACCAGGCCUCGUGGCGGGAUCCCAGGAGAGCUCCGGAAGGCAGGGCCGCUGGGCGGUACCACUCUGCAGACGACAUACUGGACCCGGGCCUGGACGCCCAGGAGAGGCCGAGGUACUUACACGAGAGGUCCCGUUCGUCCCCGUCCACCGACCUGCACGCCCAGGACACAUCCGUGGAGGCUCAGUGUCAAGUGGAGGACCCCGGCCAGCUUACCGGCACAUUCCAGCCCGAGGACGGACGCCCUGAGGCCCGGGAAGCCGCUGUGAUUGCCGUCACUCCAAGCCCAGGCCCGCCUUGGGGUUCAGGGUACCGGUGCCCCAAGCUACUGGCGGUCUGCAGCUCUUAUGUUUCCCAGGCUCUGUACCGGGGAGCCCAAGACGAGAGGCUGGUUUGGUGGCAUUGCGGGUGGGAGGUGGCAUUCCGCGUAUGCGAGAGUGGGAAGCUGCUGGCAUUCCUGAACCGUCUGGCCAGCCCAGGGAGGCUGCCUGAGAAGCCGGUCUUACUGAGGCCUGUCGCCUUUGCUUGCGAGGGAAGUGCCGCCCUGCCCGACAGUCAGAGCUCACUCCACAGCGAGUACAGGGCUUCCCCCAUCAAGCCGGUGUUUCUGGAUGUCAGCGAGCGGGAAUAUUUGCUCGUUGCCUGGAAUGUCGCGCAGAGGCGGCUUUCUGCCUCAGCGGACGGCACGGCCUGUCAGAGCGCCCUCCGGAACCUGUCCCCGCUCUCGGAGCCGCUGACCUCCGCCCAGGAAGCCCCCGAGAGCCACAGCAGAGCGGGAACCCUGCCUCGAGAUUACAGAUCUUCGGGGGAGCCCAGGCCUGCAGACCCGCCGCCUCCACCCUGCCCGGGACGGCACCGGCAGAGCGCCCCCGAGAACCCCCACUCUUCCGGGCAGGGGCCACAGCCCUUAAGCGCACCGCCCCUUGCCAAGAAGCCAGCCCCGCAGAGACCCCCGCCACCCCGGCGUGAGCCCCGCCAGCUCAGGGGCACAGCUGGCACAGCCCAAGCCGUUGUGCCGGCAGCCCCUCACCUGGAUGCCCCGGGCAGACCCCUCCGCACGCCGCCGCCCUCGGCUCUAGAGGUGAAUGGGCACCACCUGCCCCUGUCUCACGGUCCCUGUGGCUCUGCGGAGCAGGCGAGCGGCCUCCCCCGCCCAGACAGCCUGCGGCCGGCCGGCGAGCGGGACAGACAGCAUGUAGCCCCGCCGCCCACCUCGUGCCAGCCCGCCAUGGAGGCCUCGCGCUCCCCUUCGCCCCAGUUCGCCCCCCAGAAGCUGACGGACAAGCCUCCCCUGCCUAUCCAGGAUGAGAACACCACAAGGAUCGAGCGGGUGAUGGACAACAACACGACGGUAAAGAUGGUGCCCGUCAAGAUCGUGCAUUCGGAGAGCGGACCCGGGAAGGAGGGCCACCGUGGCCUGGCCCGCUCGCCCGCCACCCUGCCUGGCCCGGGCCACGAGGAGCCGGAGCCGCCCAAGCUGCCCCUGGGCCCCGGGCGGGACCACAUCAAGACGCUGAGCACCUCGGAGCAGUCCUACUCGCGUUUCUGUCUAUACAGCCGGCAGGACGCACCUGCCCGGCCCCCCGAGCCCCAGCCCCCCGCCUCGGGCCCCACCGGGCUGGGCUACGCCAAGGCCAGCACCGCCGAGGACCUCAAGUCGGAGGAGCUGGCGCGGGAGAUCGUGGGCAAGGACCGGUCCCUGGCCGACAUCCUGGACCCCGGAGCCAAGCUGAGGACCACCAUGGACCUGAUGGAGGGCAUCUUCCCCAAGGAUGAGCAUCUGCUGAAGGAGGCCCAGCAGCGCAGGAAGCUGCUCCCCAAGGUCCCGUCUCCCCAUGGCGCUGACAGCAAAGAGGAGCCCAGUGCACCUGCGGCCGGGCCCCUGGCCACCAACUCCACCUACUAUAGCACUUCAGCACCCAAGGCAGAGCUUCUGAUCAAGAUGAAAGAACUGCAGCGGGAGCAGGAAGAGGACUCGGGCAGUGACAUGGACCACGACCUGGCGGUGAAGAAGCAGGAGCUGAUUGAGAGCAUCGGCCGCAAGCUGCAGGUGCUGCGGGAGGCUCGGGCCAGCCUGCUGGAGGACGUGCAGGCCAACUGUGCGCUGGGCGAGGAGGUGGAGGCCCUGGCCAAGGCCGUCUGCAAGCCCAAUGAGUUUGACAAGUUCCGCAUGUUCGUCGGCGACCUGGACAAGGUGGUCAACCUGCUGCUGUCGCUGUCGGGGCGGCUGGCCCGAGUGGAGAACGCCCUCAACAGCCUGGACGACAGCGCCUCUCCCGGAGAUCGGCAAUCGCUGCUGGAGAAGCGCCGGGUGCUGACCCAGCAGCACGAGGACGCCAGGGAGCUGAAGGAGAACCUGGACCGCCGCGCCCGCGCCGUGCGCGCCAUCCUGGCCGGCCGCCUGAGCGCCGCGGGCCUGGCCGACUACGCGCACUUCGUGCACAUGAAGUCGGCGCUGCUCAUCGAGCAGAGGGAGCUGGACGACAAGGUCCGCCUGGGAGAGGAGCAGCUGCGGUGCCUGCUGGACAGCCUGCCGCCCGAGCGCCCCAAGUAGCGGCCGGCCGGCCGUCUGUCCGCAGGGAGCACGCCCCACAUGAAGGCGCCG